CGCGGAAGCGGGAGGAAGCAGCGUGGCUUCCCCUGGAUGUAAACAGGGCGGCAGGGCUGGGCCGAGGGGGUCGCGCCGCGGGGCUUCUCCGAGAGACCCCGCCCAGGUCAUGAAGUUUCUGAAGCUCUUUGGGCGAUUAAAAUCAGUUGUCAUUGGGAUGGUGCACGUGGGGGCAUUGCCAGGGACACCACGGAGCAGUUUGCCAUUGACCCAGAUCACUGAUAAAGCCUGUCAUGAGGCUGAGAUUUACAAGGAUGCUGGAGUUGAUGGCUUGAUAGUGGAAAAUAUGCACGACCUUCCUUACACGGUUUAUGUUGGGCCAGAAAUAACUGCAGCAAUGGCAGUCAUUAGUGCUGCAGUGAAACACACCUGCCCACGUCUCCCAUUGGGUAUCCAGAUUCUGUGUUCUGCAAAUCAACAGGCUGUAGCUGUUGCUCUUGCUGCAGGUCUUGAUUUUAUCCGAGUUGAAGGGUUUGUUUUUUCUCAUGUUGCUGAUGAAGGGAUGAUAAAUGCCUGUGCAGGUGAUCUGCUAAGAUACCGAAAACAAAUUGGAGCACAGCAUGUUCAAAUUUUUGCCGAUAUUAAAAAGAAACACAGUGCUCACGCUCUGACAGCAGAUGUCAGUAUAUCAGAGACUGCUAAGGCUGCUGAGCUCUUCCUCGCUGAUGGGAUUGUAUUGACUGGAACAGCUACUGGAAUGCAGGCAGAUCCUAAAGAAUUGAAAGAAGUUGAACAUGCUGUGAAGAUUCCAGUGCUGAUUGGGUCUGGAGUGACGCUGGAGAAUGCAAGGAGCUACUUGGAUGCAAAUGCUUUAAUAAUUGGUUCAUAUUUCAAGAAAGAAGGUUACUGGGCAAAUAGUGUUGAUCCUGAUCGAGUAAAGAAAUUUAUGGAUCAUAUAGUGACUCAAACCUGUUCUUGACAUGCAGUUUUCAGGACAAGUGCAGACACAGCGGACCUGCCAAAUGUCUUAUCUUUUUAUAUUUUAAAUUUAUGUUUGAGGGUAACAGUUGAUGGUCUGACCCACGGUGUGCACUCAGGGACAUCUUUGUCCAUUGGACACUUUAUCCCCAGUGUCCCUGUAUCAUUACAUAGUUGAUCUGGUUCUUUGUCACACUGUCGGGUGACCUCCAUAUAUGUAAACAUAUAGGAUGUUGGGUGGAGAUAGUGUUUGUAAUGACCAGAUGAUUACAGUAACAGACAUCGACUAAACAUCUUCCUCUCAUGUUGUAAACCCAGACCAUUGUUUCCCUUUAUUUCUUUAAGAGCUUACAGCUCCAACUUUUGUGUUCAGAUCUCCAAUUACAAGGGUGAUGUCUUCACUUGGCGUUUUAAUAAAUGUCUCUUCAAAUCAUUCAUAGAAUGCCAUAAAUUGUUCGCUUGUCAGCUGCAUCGAGGCAUGAACCUGUAUGAUCAACAUUUUAACUGACUUUGCUUGAAGGCGAAUUGUAAUGAUUGUAUUGCUGAUUGGAUUAUAUCCAAGCGCACACUUUGGUUCUCUUUAAAUAAAAUAAAUGCAACCCCUGUUCCGAUAAUUCUUUUAUGAAGGUUCAAGUUAUUCUUUUCCUUGGUGCAAACAUCAGGUACUGUACUUCCCAAAGGAGUUGGUACAGCACCAUCUUAACUCUUGAUGGCUGGAACCUCCUCCCUAGGAUAAUUUGAUGAGCCUUUUGGCCUGGGAGGUAUCUCACCAUCCAGUGCCACACAUGGAUCAUGUUGCCUUUGUUCUGCCAUGAUUGGUCUCAUAGGAGAAAAUACAGGGGGUGGUUUCCUAUUGCCUUCCCUCUGGUUUGUGGUUGCCGUUUAAUAACUCUUCUCCCUGUCGAAUGCAUUUCCUCCAUUGGAGGUCCCAAUAUUCUCCACAGGAGUUCAUCUGUCUGAAGCCAUUAGUGUACUUCCUGAGGUUUCAGGCAGUUGUAGGUGGUACGGUCUACUGCCGUUACAGCAUCAGGCUGACUUGAAAAUGCUGUACCACCACCAAAAUUUAAAAAAAAAAAAAAGGGAAAUGGAUUCACUUACUAAAUGAAUAGUAAGUGUAAAUAUUUAAAUAUAUUUUAAAUAGAGCUUCUGGGAUUUUUUUUUGAAAUUUUGACAAAAUAUUUUAAUAAAAAACAUUUGAAAUGAAGAUUUAAUGCUGUUUCCAGACCAGUUAAUACAGCUCUGCACCUCUCAUAAUUAGUAUUAGUGAUGUUGCAGACUGCCGAGAUCCUUCCUAAUACACACAGAAAUAAUUAUGAUGGAAGCUUUUCUUGUAGUACUGAGGGGUAAACACAGAUUUUCAUUUUAUCACAAAGAAUUCUUCAUCAUAGAAAACAAUAUUGAAUAGAUUCAACUAUCUCUUAAAACUAAAAUUAUCACAUAUAAAAAUGAUUUUCCUUAGCCAAAAAAAGGUCUAGAAGUCAUUGUGUGCUUAUGUAAAAUCAGAGAAUGAUAGAAGUACUAAAAGAUUUAAAAAAAAUCUUUUUUGUCAUUUGGGUUCAUAAUGUGAAAAUCUUGUGUGAUGUUUUAGUGAGAAUGGUGUGGACCCAGACAUGUUCUACAUGGAUACAUUUCAGAGAGGUGUUUUCAUAUGAGAACCCAAAUGAAAGAGAAGAAAUUGUGCA